AUGUUAGUGCAAAACAAGGUUCUGCUUCCAUUUGAUCCAAAUCUAGACAUUGUAGUCUCAGCAGAUGCAUCACAUUAUGGUCUAGGAGCUGUCUUAGCACUUGUGUUACCCAACGGGUCUGAAAGGCCUGUAGCAUUCGCAUCGCGGACAUUAGGCAAGAGUGAGAUUAAGUACGCACAAGUCGAAAAAGAAGCACUGGCUCUCAUUUUUGCUGUGCGCAAAUUCCAUAAUUUCUUAUAUGGGAGGAAAUUCACACUGGUGACUGACCAUAGAGCAUUAACAUUCUUGCUUGGUCCCACCAAGGCCAUACCCACUCUGGCAGCUGCUAGAAUUCAGAGGUGGGCAUUAAUUUUGGCAACAUACCAAUAUGAUUUAGUGUACAAAAAGGGUGCUGAUCAUGGAAACGCAGAUGCCCUCUCUAGGCUGCCAUGCAAAGGAGAAGUGGAGGAGGAGAUAGAAGGUGAAAUAAACUUUUUUGCCCACAGUCAGAAAUUUCCUAUAUCCUACAAGGAAAUCGGGGUUGCGACAAAGUAUGAUCCGAUCCUGUCAAAGGUCUUAGACCUUACUAGAAAUGGCUGGCCUGCAUACACGAAUGAUAUACAGCUAAGACUGUAUUCCGAUAAAGCGUUGCAACUUUCAGUAGAAAAAGACUGCUUGCUGUGGGGCUCAAGAGUAAUAAUUCCCCGUGUUCAUCAAAAAGAAGUGCUACAAUUGUUACAUACAGAACACCCUGGUGAGUCGCGUAUGAAGGCAAUAUCUCGCAGCUUCGUUUGGUGGCCAAACCUUGAUGUUGAAAUUGAAGAGUUUGUGAAGAAGUGCAGUAUCUGUCAGAAGACUAGGAAAUCAAUGCCAGUGGUCCCGUUACAACCAUGGUCAUGGCCAAACCGCAACUGGCAAAGGCUACAUCUAGAUUUUGCCGCCUAUGAGGGGAAAGAUUUUCUCAUUCUCGUUGAUAGUAGAUCCAAAUGGCCCGAAAUCUUCCACAUGAAAUCUACAACUUCUGCUAAAGUAAUAGAAAAGCUAAGAACCUGUUUUGCAGCUUACGGCUUACCAAAUACUGUGGUAACAGAUGGAGGUACCCAGUUCACGUCUCAAGAGUUUAAUGACUUUUUGAAGUUCAAUGGCAUUCGGCAUCUGGUUUCACCACCAUAUCAUCCGGCUUCAAAUGGCCUCGCAGAAAGGAUGGUCCAGACAACCAAAGACGUCUUUCUGAAACAGCUUUUGGAGGAUUCAAAAACCACUUUAAACCGAACCCUACAACAUAGGCUGGACAGCUUUUUGUUUGCCUACAGGAACACGCCACACUCGACAACAGGCAUGACACCUGCUGAAAUGUUUCUCAAGACCAUCCCACGUACACCAUUGAGUUUACUUAAGCCUCAUUUGUCUGACGAUAUGAAGAGAAAGCAAGAAGAGACGAAAGCAAGAGCUGAUACCCGAAGAGGAAAACAGAGAUCUUUUAAUAAAGGUGAUAUGGUGCUAGUCCGUACUGUGAGACAAGAGAAGAUAAACUGGCAGUCUGGUGUCAUUUUCAAGGUUGUCAGUCCAGUAACCUAUCUAGUUAAUGUGGAAGGUAAAACAAGAUUCAUACAUGCAGACCACCUUAAGUUGAAUCCAUCACAUGAAGAUGAAGAAGAACAAAUGUUACCUAGACCAGAUGAAAACGCAAGGACAGAAGAAAUUGCAGCACCGGCAAUUGAAUAUUCUCCUAGGCAAACCCCAACAAAAAGCCCUAGUAAAUCCCGGACAAGACCAUCAUUACCACUAAAUCAAGACUCUCAAGAAUCACCAGGAAUAAUCAAGUCUCCAGAAAGAGUAAACUUGAAGAGUCCAGACUCAUGUAUCAGGCGUUCAAAACGAACAAUAAAACCGCCUGAUAAACUGAACCUGUAG